AUGGAGAAAGCCUCUCUUAACGUUGACUGUUGCGCUGUGACUGUGGUCCUGGGAGAGGAGAAGAAGGGUCAUCUCAUUCCGAAUGGAAACGGGCAUCAAGGCGCAAAUGGGAACCUUAUCGGAGGUGGCGGCGCGGCCAAUACUGGUGCGGCACCUGGAGCAUUAUCUGCUGUGGAGAAGCAGGUCUACCCGGAGAGAGAAACAUGGACCAGACAGAUGGACUUCAUCAUGUCCUGUGUUGGGUUUGCCGUAGGCCUGGGAAAUGUGUGGCGUUUCCCUUACCUUUGCUACAAAAAUGGUGGAGGAGUGUUCCUCAUUCCUUAUGUGCUGUUUAUAUUUCUGGGGGGUAUUCCCAUCUUCUUCCUGGAGAUUUCCCUCGGGCAGUUCAUGAAGGCCGGAAGCAUCAACGUGUGGAACAUCGCACCUCUGUUUAAAGGACUGGGCUAUGCCUCCAUGGUGAUUGUGUUCUUCUGCAAUACCUACUACAUCAUGGUGCUGGCAUGGGGCUUUUACUACUUCAUCAAGUCGUUCAACUCCACUCUGCCCUGGUCCACCUGUGACAACAGCUGGAACACAGAGAGCUGCAUUGAGAUCUUUCGUCACGAUGAGUGCCAAAAUGGAACCAUCGGCAACUCCACCUUCGGCAACCUGACAUGCGAAGAGUUAGCAGAUGGCCGUUCUCCCAUCAUUGAAUUUUGGGAGAACAAGGUUCUGAACAUCUCUGAUGGGUUGGACCAGCCUGGUGCCAUUAACUGGGAGUUAAUGCUGUGUCUCCUGGCUGUUUGGGUGAUGGUGUACUUCUGCGUGUGGAAGGGUGUGAAAUCAACGGGCAAGAUUGUGUAUUUCACUGCCACGUUCCCGUAUGUUGUCCUGAUCAUCCUCCUGGUGAGAGGUGUGACUCUGCCCGGUGCAUACGACGGGAUCAUGUACUAUGUGAAGCCUGACUGGUCAAAACUUGCUGAGCCACAGGUGUGGAUUGACGCUGGAACUCAGAUAUUCUUCUCGUACGCUAUUGGCCUCGGAGCCUUGACUGCCCUUGGCAGCUACAACAGAUUCAACAAUGACUGCUACAAGGAUGCAUUUAUGCUGGCCCUUAUCAACAGUGGAACCAGCUUCUUUGCCGGCUUUGUGGUAUUUUCCAUUCUGGGCUUCAUGGCAUCCGAGCAAGGCGUCGACAUCUCCAAAGUGGCUGAAUCAGGCCCCGGUUUGGCAUUCAUAGCCUACCCUAAAGCUGUGUCUCUGAUGCCCGUGGCUCCGCUCUGGGCCGCCCUCUUCUUCUUCAUGCUGCUGCUUCUUGGAUUAGACAGUCAGUUUGUUGGAGUCGAAGGUUUUGUAACUGGGAUUCUUGAUCUGUUCCCUGGAAAGUAUUACAUGCGCUACAGACGUGAAAUUGCCGUAGCAAUCUGCUGUUUAUUGUGCUUCAUAAUAGAUCUCUCCAUGGUUACACAGGGAGGGAUGUAUGUCUUCCAGCUUUUUGAUUACUAUUCAGCCAGUGGUAUGACCCUGUUGUGGCAGGCAUUCUGGGAAUGCGUGGUUGUCGCCUGGGUUUAUGGUGCUGACAGGUUCAUGGAUGAUAUCGCUCGUAUGAUCGGUUACCGGCCUUUCCCUUGGAUGAAGUGGUGCUGGUCUUUUAUUACUCCAUGUGUUUGCAUGGGUAUCUUCCUAUUUCACCUGCUAAACUACAAGCCUCUUACCUACAAUAAUGUGUAUGUCUACCCAUGGUGGGGUGAGGUGAUUGGUUGGUGUCUAGCUCUCUCCUCCAUGCUCUGCAUCCCGGUCAGCCUGGUCUACAAGUUCUUUGGAGCCAAGGGAACAUUCAGAGAGCGCUGGCAAAACCUGACCAAACCAGUAUGGGGUGCCCAUCACCUCGAAUACAUGGCUCCAGAUGCUGAUAUUAAAAGCCUGGCAUCUCUUUCCCCAGGCACCGAGGAGAACAAGGUUAUUAUCUUUGAGAGUGUAAUGUAG